GGGGGCAGUGUAACGGGCGCGAGCGCCGCCUUGUCCCGCGUGAAGAAGCAAGAAGCGGUUUCAGCCGAGCAUUUUGGGAGUUGCUGUUUUAUGUGAAGUUUAGCAACCGGCUAUCUACCAAGUUGUUAACGGCGGUUUCUGCCUAUUCGCCUACAACCUCAGAAUGCUAAGCGGGCUGCGUUUAGAUGGCGGAGAGCAAUGACUGAAGAGUUUGAUGAAGAUGUGGUAUUUGAGAACUCCCCUCUUUUCCAGUACCUGCACGAUUUAGGGCACACAGACUUUGAGGCAUGUCCAACAGCGUCACAGGAGGAGGACUAUGGUGAACAGGAGGGAGAACUCGCCUGUCCAGACGGAGCUCCACGGAAGACGGGAGGGCGAUUGUGGAAACUGGCUGAGGCCUUGUGGAGAUGGAGCCCAGUUUACCAUGCGGCUGCUUCUCAGAGGCUGGAGCAGCAACUGGACUGUGUGUUCGGCCAGUACUCGGUGAGAUGCAUUCUGGACCAGGAUGUGCUGCUGCAGGAGGACGUGGAGCUGAUCGAACUGCUGGACCCCAGUCUGCUCACCCUCGGCUCCUCGCCGUCCGGUUCACCCAGUCGAGCGAGCACCUUCCCCAGACCGAGUCUCAUCGCCAGGCCUUCCCUCUGGGACAUGGCGGGGCUGGUGGGCCUGGCUUCGGUGCUGCUGGGUCUCUGCUUUGUCUCUGAUGGCCUGUGGUCCCUGGCUGCGGCCCCCUGGGGCCUGGUCCUUCUGGGCUGGGCGGGCUUGAGGGGGGUCAUGUUGUGGAGACACGGCCAGGUGCAGAGAGACGUCCACGCUCGAGCGACCCAGCUCCAGACUCUGGUCCACAACAGCAAGACUCUGACAGGGCUGUCUCGCAAAGCCCUGCGGCUGGUGCAGGAGACAGAGGUCAUCUCCAGAGGGUUCACCCUUUUGCUCGACAGGGUGAGUGCGGCCAGCUCCUUUAGCAGGGCCGGGCCGGGGUCUGUGCCCCGUGGCCAGCAGCUGAUCGGACUGAGGAAGGCCCUGUACCGGGCGCUCCGCUCGGCCUUUAGAGCCUCACGCAGAGCCACCUGUCACAUGCUCAAGGCGUUCCCUCUGAACUCUGAGAUCGACAACGUGACUAACUAUGUAUCCGCGGUGCCCCUGAAGGAGCUGGGCCUCGGCCUGGGGAUCGAGCACCUGGGUGAUGAGCAGGCCCAGGAGCUGACGGACGACUACAGCCUGCCUGCCCUGAAGAUGCUGUUCCAGCUGUGGGUGGGACAGAGCUCUGAAUGUUUUCGCCGCCUGGCCCUUCUCCUCUCACCUCGUCGGAUAGAAGAACCGGAGGACAUGGCGGUAAAGAGCGAAGCCUCCCCUCACCCUCCACCACCGCUCCACCGCUCCAUCGCCGCCGUGACCGAGCCGCUCCAUCACGCCCUCGCCAGCUGCCUCGGCGAAGUGCAGCGCAGCUACGACUUCCACAGACACUUUGAGACCCAGCCGAGAGCGACGGGCUCCGACAGGACCGGGCGAGCCAGGGAGAAAUGUAGAGAGCUCAACACACUGCACACCUCCAUCCGAAGCCUGCAGCUGCACCUCAAAACCCUGCUGAGCGAGAUGAUCAUCCUGGAGGACGACCUGGAGAAACUGAUGGUGUCCAGGGAACUGACAGAGUUGACGUGUGAGGGUUACCAGGACCUCAGUGACCGGCUGCACCAGCUGCAGCCACACAUGCAGGCCAGCGCCGGCUGCUGGGAGGACACCAUGAGCCAGGUGGAUCGCAUGCUGAGACGGGCCAAUACCUGCCCGGGUAACGCUGACGGUGUGGAGCAGUGUACUGCUCCUCUGUCUCCUGAGAUUCCUGCUCCUCCUCCAUCCUACCCCCUAAUCCUGGACAGAGACCCUGUGCCAGAAGAGCUGGAGUGGGAGGCCUACGUCUCUGACUCAGACUCUGACGGUGAAGGUAGAGGCUCCUGGACUGACAUGCUGUCACCGGAGGAGCGGGAACGUCAGCGGCGGGAGAAGGAGGAGUCCCGUCGCGUCCUGUCCGAGCUCAAAGCUGUCCUGGGUUUCCGCGCUUCAGAGGGGGAGAGGAUGAAGAGGAAGCAGCUGCUCUUCAAUGACCAAGCUGCUGUGGCACCCUCGGCUCGUACUGAGAGUUCAGAUCACACUGAGGAGCCAUCAGUAGAAACCAGUAAUGAGGAAAGAAACCACCUAUCAGAGAGCUCAGCAGGAAACGAUGAGGAAGGAAAGGAUGGCAGUGGGAGGCCUGACCUGUCCACAAAGCUGGUGACAGAGUUCAGCUGUGGUUUGGAAGCAGAGGGGGGGACGGAGGAGCUGGGACGCAGUUCAGUGUGCACCAGAGGAGGAGGGGGAGCAUCUGAGCUGCACCAAUACGACGGGGUCACGGAGGAGGGGCAGUCUCAUAAUGGCCUGGACUGCUUCCUGCUGCCUAAAGUCCCAGCUGUCUCCGUAAUGGACAGACUGACAGAGAUCCACGGUUCAGAGGCGCUGAGCUUCAGCGCCGCCCUCGCAGCGCAGGUGGCGGCACGUUCACAGUCGCUCAUCAACAUGGAGGAGCAGACGUUUGGAGACGAGGAGGAGGAGGAGGAGGAGGAGGAGGAGGAGAGCGACAGACGAACACCUGAGAUGGACUUGAAAUUAAACCCUCAGCUUUAACAGAGCACCGAGCGCAGACUGUAUUUAUGCCUGAUUGUCUUUCAUCAGUGAGUCUGUGUUGCAUCUCGACUGUUUCUGAUGUGGACAUGUUUCAAACUUACACCACCCUCCUCUCUAUCACUCAUCCGUCCAUGUUACUGUAAAUUACCUACAAUUCUUACCACUGUUUGUCUGUUCAAACUCAGGUACCAGAACCACUAAAACAAAAUGGGGCAGCGUUGAGAGAAUAGAUGCAAAAAAUUAUAUUAUUAAGAGGAUGGACUUAAUUCAUGGAACUGUGAACAGAAAACUGUUGUAACUGCAGCUUCCUCUGUAAAGGUGUGUUCAGAUAGAACCGAUAUGAUUAAUUGGAGCCUUGCAACAGUGGCACAAAGGGCGUGCUGACCAAGAAAAACCAAGUGAGUCGAUUUCAGUCAGUGUUGUCUUAACAGCAAUGACUGUGUUACAGACAAUCCAUUACCACAAAGUGAGGAGGUUUAUUGUAGGUCUGUAAAGUUUACCGCCGUACACCCAAGAUGAAAAGUAGCAACACACUGUAUGAAAACACAAUGUCAAAAGGUAUUUUAUUUGAUGAGGGCUGUGCCUACAUAUGCUAACCAUCUGAACAACAUGUUUGGUUCAGAUUGGACCCAACUCAAAGGUCAACCUGAUUCAGACCUUUCAGUUAGUGUUGGUUAUCUUUACACACCUGCCCCCCCCCAUGACGUUCUACCUGAAAGCACCUAGAGCAGAACUAACUCCUCUGACCUUAAUCCCUACAUAGAAACAUGCAGGAGAGGAAGUGUAAGCCUAUUCUUACGGUGAGGGCUUUAUUUGAUGUCAGUUACAAGAUAUAACUUUGUAACUGGGACACCUAUGUGAAUGUACUAGUACUGUGCGUGGUGCUUUUCAUAAAGACUUAAACAAUCCCAGUGUGAGACAAACUCAGACGAGAGCUAAGGACACAUUGACACACAAAAGCAUUGAACUGUGCUGCUGUGAAGAUAAAAUUCAGACGUGUGGGGUAAUUGAAGAGGAGGUUGAUUUCCUCCCACUUGAGGGCAAUCUGUAACUAUAUGUCUCGUAUGAAGCUGCUGUCAGACAGCCCUGAUGUAUGCCUUCACCUUCCAUGUCUGUCCUGUCACCAUGUCUGCCUUGACCUGCCCCUGUCCCUCAGGGUGAGGUCUACCCCUUCCUGCAUUUCCACCAUGAAAUAAAAUAGCACUCUGUUCGGUGUA